AUGAGUGAUGCACCAGAAACGGUGAAAAUAGAUAAUACACCACCUCCAGGACAGAGUUAUGAUAAAUAUAAGAAAGCCUUCGAGAUGAUAUCCUUAGAUGAUGUUAAUAGAAUAGAGAAUGUACCUUGUAUGCGGAACGCACUGUUAUACGGUAUAGGUGGUGGUAUGGCAUUUGGUGCUAUACAUUUCAUAUCAACCAGGCGGAUAAAAAGCAGUUGGAAUUGGACAUUCGCUAGCGCUAUGGUCGUAAUGGUUGGAACCUGGCAACACUGUCGUAGUAGAAGAACUGAGGAAAUGGAUAAAAUGCGUCAAAUUACUGAGAAAUACUCUGAUCAUCACAUUUCAAACCUCAAACGUAAGAAUGACGAAGCGAGAAGACAAUUCAAAGAACGUAAAGAGCAAGAAGAGCGAGUACAAUACAGUUGGUAUAAUCCUAAGCGAUAUUUUUCAUAG